AUGACUGAGGUUGCUCCGGAGAACAAACCAAUUAACCCAAAGAUCGGAAUAAUCUAUCCUCCCCCAGAAGUCCGUAACAUUGUAGAUAAAACUGCCAGCUUCGUUGCUCGUAAUGGACCUGAUUUCGAGUCACGUAUUCGGCAGAAUGAAAUUAAUAACCCAAAAUUUAACUUUUUAAACCCCACUGAUCCAUACCACACCUACUAUCAGCAAAAGGUGAAGGAUUUCACUGAGGGUAAGGCUGUGGAAUCUAUGGGAAUGCGAAUAACCGUCCCGUCUGCUGCUCGUCUGGGACAAGAUGCUCCGAAAAUUAUUCAGGAAACGUUCAUUCCCAAGGAUCCUCCUCCCGAAUUCGAGUUCGUUUACGAUCCAGCUUCUAUCAAUGCCCUUGAUAUUGACAUUGUUAAGCUCACCGCCCAAUUCGUUUCGCGUAAUGGCAAACAAUUUCUCGCCCAGCUGAUGAAUCGUGAGCAGCGAAACUAUCAAUUUGAUUUUCUUCGUACGCAGCACAAUAUGUUUGGAUACUUCACGAAAUUGGUAGAACAGUACACUAAAGUGUUAAUUCCUCCUCGGGAUUUAAUCAGUGGCCUGGAAGAGGAGCUCAAGAACCCCAAAUCGAUCCUGGAUCGCGUCAAGUAUCGUGUCGAAUGGCACAAGUAUCAGGAGCGUCAGAGACGCAAGGAGGAAGAGGCCGCGGAACGGGAACGACUUGCAUACGCACAAAUUGACUGGCAUGACUUUGUUGUCGUGGAAACGGUAGAUUUUCAGCCAAACGAGUCAGGCACUUUCCCCAUGCCCACAACACCAGAAGAGGUCGGAGCGCGUGCUAUUGCUGACGAGCGUGGUGACAUUUUACCUCAGCAGAACGAACCACCCAACAAUGCACCGCCACCACCGGGCUCCUUCGACCCACUCCCAGACGAACUGAACAACAUGGAGGACGAAGAGGAGGAUUUAGAUGAGGACCACCAGGAAGAGCCAUCUGCCAUUCCGUCUGCUGUUCCAGUCCCUGAAGCUAAAGGCGAGCAGCACGAGGAUGCGGUGGACGACGUUGGCGGUGAAGAUAUGGAGUUGUCGGAUGAAGAGGAAACUUCUGCUCCACCACCACAAGGUCAACUUAAACCUCCUCGUCCCCUACCGCCCUCCGCUGAUCAAGUCCUCAUUCGUCACGACUACGAUCCCAAGGCCGCUGCUGCUCACCGAGAGGCUACUGAUGCACAGAAAAAUCAGGUUCUUCUUGUUUCCCCCUUCACUGGAGAAAGGAUUCCAGCAAGUCAGACUAAAAACUUCCUCACUUCUGGUACAUUUUAA